GAGCGCACCACAGACGUUUGGCGCUAAGAAACAAACGGACCAAUGGAAGACGAGACUAUCAACAACCUAGUCUAGCACCAGCAGAUAUCAGGGAGACUGAAGUGUGUCUAUGGAAAAUCGCAUUAUUAAAUUAUUCCAGCAAUAUCGUGCAAACGAAUUCUGGCAAUCUUCUGGGUGGGAGAAAAUGGCGGAUAAGACAUCCAUUCUUAAUCAGCUCCCUGGUGCUGGGAACGCCGACCAGUCAGAUAUUAUCUUUCGUAUCAACAGAGUUCCACCGGGAGACAAAGGUGAAGGGCAGGUGCCGCUUCUGGACCACGAGAGCCCUGAAAAGGAUCUUGCGAAGCCCCUGGAUAGCACGACGAAGAUUAUCCCUAGAGAAGGAGAGAUCAUUCCUCCUCCCACGGCAGCUGAAGUUCUCCAGGAACAGAAGAAGACAUCGUCCUCCGUGGACUACUGCGCCCCAGUUCAGUACCAGACACUCCCCAGGGACGAAGUACAAGGACUAGGUCAAGAAGAAAAACUCUCGACUGAUGUGUAACUCUCACUAAAAACAUUUGUUGACACUCACAAACAAAAGCCUCAGAAGUAAUUAUAAGUAUAUUCAUCUUAAACAAGGAAAAACUAAAACAAAAAAAAUAGAACAUCUUCAGAAUGCCUGCUUUAGAGGGCAUGCAUGCCCCGAACAAUGACUUCGCCAAUCUUCUUCCGCCUGCUGGGUAUGUCAAUCCACUUCCUUCUGAUGUUUUUCGCUUCAACCGAGUCACACCAUACUAUCCAGCUGAUCCAUGCAUUCGUCCCAACGAGGGAGAUCUAAUAUGUCCACCGGAAACACCGCAAGAGAUGAGAAACUGCCCAUGGAUGCCAGCAGCUGGUAAUGAUGUGAGGAUGCCCAGUGAUAUUUUUAGAUUUCAUAAAGUGUACCCUUAUGUCGGCUGCAACCCUUGCAUUCCUGCGACAUGCCCAGAUAGUGGAGCAGUUGUACAAGGCGAAGUGUGCCCUUGCACUCAUAGACCGAGGUAUGCACCCACCAAUCCUCGACGCCAUUUCGACUAUCGCUACCCUGGAGGGGCGUCCAACCUCGAAACGAAAUCACCAUUAAAAAAAGACGUCGUCGGAGAUUUCUUAUCUCAUGGACAGAACUGGCCCCAUCUUCCUGAUCCAUUUUACGCUAAGCCGCUUGAGAACAAGAAAUAUCAUUUCCUCGACCAGUCGCUUCCGCAGGUGUCCCACUCUACAUUGGAAAUGCAAAUGGCCACCCAAUCAAACAGAAUACCAAAGUCUCGAUGCAGACUUCACAAUGACGGUCAGGUACCUCCAGAUCCAUACGCAGUGGUGGGAGAUAUGAGAUACUGCGAAGACUAUGUGUUCAGAAAUCCAGCUAAGAGAAAUGCCCAGCGUACAUUGUUUGGCAGUCCGGAUCCGAACUGUCUCAGACCCUACAACCCAUCGGCAUAUAUCUGUAGACCAGUCUACAACAGGAAGUAUUUGCUCGACUGCCCAAUGCAGGAUGGACCACCCGGCGACUCAUAUACGUUUUUAUAGAUCUUUUCUGGAUACUUUCAGCAGACACGAAUGCAAAUCUGUGGAUCAGUAGACCUAUUGUUUUAUUCACGUGCUUUUAACAUGAUUUUUAUGCUAAAUUUUCAAAAACAAAUGUAAAUUUAUGUAAAGGCUUCUUAAGUUUAUCAUCUAAACCAAAAUAAAUAAAUUAAUGCCAAUAUUUUUUGCCUAUGCAACGAGAAAGCACUAAAGUGAAACAAUAGCGGAAGUGAAAUGAUAGCAAAAUGGAAACAAUCGCUGAAAGGAAACAAUUGCAGAAGUCAAACAUUCAUUCCUAUGAGACCUACCUUGUUUUUGAUAUUUCUUCUACAAAUCAAUAAUUUAGUGCACAUUUUAAUAUCAUUAAUAACAUGUAUAAGAAUAUUUCUGAAUCUAAAAUGGAAGGGAAUCGAGUAGAGCUACUUUAACAAAAUAAAUAGCCUAUAUGUAGGACCUAUGGGUAGAUAAUAAUUUUUUGGAGAUACUGCUGCGUGGCCUAAAGAUGAAUGACAAAAUUUCAUAGCUUUAAUUUAAUUAUUUGGUCUGUUUAGAUAUACUCGACUAGUGGAUUGAGAUACCAUUUUGUUUUAUAUUGACGGACUUUUUAAAAAGUUAAAUCUCGCUGUUUAUUUAAAAAACCUUGCAUGAUUACUAUAAGUCUUUGUUUUGAUAAAGUUGUCUUUAUUGAGAAAAAAAAAUAAAUAUAUUGGUCCAGUUUAGAAGUUGAAAUAAAACUAUGUUUGAAAUGGGAAUAUUUUUUUUCCAAUAUUAUUCCAUGCCAUGGAAUUGAUUUCCCUCUUUAUAAAUCUUUAUUCCCUUUGAUUCUUCUUUCUUCAUCAGAUGCCCCGUAAAGUUAAAGCCCAGACCUUAUGAUCUAAACUACAUGUACCCUAAAUGUGUGGAUCGGCCCCUCAGCCCAUACUUUGAGACCCCACUUUACCACGAGGAAACUCCGUUUAUAAUCUGGCCAUCUAACAACCCAGACCUGACGCCUAAACGAAGCCGACCUUGCAGGGUGCCCUUCUCAAAACAUUUGUCUAUCGUGUGCCCAAACUGGGCCCCAAGGGUGGGCCCUGAUUUGACGAUGUUCUUGAGAACCAGAGAUCCGUACUGCUGAGUCGAAUUUCAGAUGAAGGGCCGAACUCUCGGUUUCAAUUCUAUAUCAUCUAAUGUCAACAAAAUAAACAAGUCACAAAAAGAAAUAAAA